CUCCGCGCCUGCGCUCCGCGAGCCCGCUGCGCGCGGCCAGCAGGGCGGCGUGCGGCGCCGGGGCCCUGGCCAGCAGCCCGGCGCAAGCGGUGCGGCGAGCCGUCGGCUGUACCACCGUGCUGGUGUCCGCGCCGCCGCCGCCAGUGGCGCCCGCGCUGGCCGUACAGCGGCAGCUGUCCGCCGCGGCGCUCGCGCCCUCGCCGCAGAGGGCGGCCCCGUCGCCAGCGGCGCGGCGCCGCCCCACCUCGCCGCCCCGGCCAUGCUCAGUGUGCCCCUGCAGGCGCCCAGCCUGCCGCCCUUCUCGGUCGCGCCGCCUCCGGGCGCCCUCCGGCGGCACGCCGCGGCGGCGCCCGCGUUGGCAGCGGCGGCCGCCGCGGGGCGCGCGAAUUCAGGACCUCCGCCGCAGGCGCCGCCCUCGUCGGCGCCGGAGGGCUCCGAGCCCGAGGAAUCGGUGGCCUGCUGCCCCAGCAGCGAGCGGCAGAAGGCGGUGGGAACGCCACCCAACCCGCUACCGCACACGGUGCAUCUGUGAGAUGCGCAUGGCAGAAAAGGCGUGCUUCCGCUUCGGACAUGUUCGC